CCAAACUUAUAAAAUAGUCAAACCCACUUCAUUUCUACAACACCCAUAAAUCUAGAGAGACAAACACUCCGCAAGAAUCUAGAGAGAGAGCAGCUCAAAGCCACCAACACGAUGUCGUUCGACUCCUACAGCAUCGACGGCGACGACUUCGUCUCCGCCGCUCCCCCUCCGCAGUUCGGCUCCGGCGCAUUCCCCGACGAGGACUUGACUCCAGAUCACGCUUCCCACUCUCCCGAUCCAUACUCGUUCACAUCAGAUCCAAACCCUAAUUUCUCCGAGUCAUCUCAAUUCGAUUCGUCUGUGCCUGUUUCCAAUGGAGCUUAUGGUGUUGGUGAUGAUGCUGAGGGGAUUUUUAGCUCCGAUGGACCCGUGCUUCCGCCUCCUGGUGAUAUGGUCGAGGAAGGUGCUGCGCUUCGCGAGUGGCGAAGGGAGAAUGCAAUCCGGCUUGAGGAAAACGAGAAAAGGGAGAAGGAAUUACGCAACAAAAUUAUUGAAGAAGCCAUAGACUUCAAGAAUGCCUUUUAUGAGAAAAGAAAGCUUCAGAUUGACUCUAAGCGAGACAGUAACAGAGAGAAAGAGAAGGUGUACUUGGCUAACCAGGAGAAAUUUCACAACGAGGCUGGACAACAGUACUGGAAAACAAUUGGAGAGAUCAUUCCUCGUGAGGUUCCGAAUAUUGAGAAGAAGAGAGGCAAGAAAGAUCAAGACAAGAAGCCUUCAGUUACUGUUAUACAAGGCCCCAAGCCUGGGAAACCUACUGAUCUCUCAAGAAUGCGUCACUUGCUGUUGAAGCUGAAGCACACACCCCCACCUCACAUGGCACCACCUCCACCAGUUCCCGUGAAGGAUGCCAAAGAUGGUAAAGAUGGGGAAAAUGUGAAAAACGCAAAAGAUACUGCUGCUGAAGUUGAAUCUGCACCAGCGAAAGAUGCCUCUACCCAAGAACCUCCUGCUGCAGCCGAUGUAUAGCCUGCUAGCUAGAUCAUUAAGCCUCAUGCUAUUCCCAACCAUCCUAUUGCUUGAUUUGCUAUACCAAGCCUGCCUCUGCAUAUGGUUGUCAGUUACGGAAGAUGAGAAUUAGGUGCUUCUGCUAAACUCUUUAAGUUUUAAAUCUGUUUUGCUGGUAUUAGUACAGCUCUUUGCUUUUGGAUUUAUAUACAUUUUUCUGUUGUACUGUGAGUUCUACAGUUGUAUAUGCUGGAGUCAGUAUUUAGAACCAUUCUGCAUUAAUUUUCGUGUCAUUAUUAUUAUUAUUGUUUUUGUUUA